AUGAAGAAUGCAUUAAGUGUGGCAAAAGUUAUUCAGAGAUACCAUCAAAGAACUGCUAAAGUAAUAGAGUUGCAAAACAAGAGAGAAGAACUAAGCAAUGAGGUGAAAGAAGAGAGGAGCAAGAAUAUAUUUGUUUUGGAAGAGAAAAAGGCCAUAAAGAGAAUAUCCCACCUUAGUACUGUGUUCUAUGUGUCUUCAACUCAGAUUUCACAACCCAGUUUCUACAAAGUAGAAGAGAAUAAAAAACCUAUACUUAUUCUAGAGAGAAAAAAUGAAGCUAAUUUUCCAGGAAAACUAAGAGAAUCUAUUCAGCAAGGAGGUAGUUAUGCUCAAGGGAAACCAAGUAGGUUUAAUCUUCAAGGACAACCAGGAUCAUCUAACCAGCCAGAGGAACUGGGAAGUUUUCACCAGCAAGGGAGGCCAGGAGAUUUGAGCCAGUCUGAGUUGCCUGGAUCUUUGAUUUCGCAGGGGAAUUCAGAAGAAUCAAACUUGAAAGGGAGUCCAGAAGCUUCUAAUAAACAAGCAAAAUUAGAAUCUUCUAGUCAACUGGAGAAACUAGAGUCUACUAACCAGCAAGGGAAGAUAGGAUCAGCUAGCCAGCAAGGGAAGCCAGGGUCUUCAAGUCAGCAAGGGAAACCAGAAUCAUCCAGCCAGCAAGGGAAGCCAGGGUCUUCAAAUCAGCAAGGGAAACCAGGAUCAUCCAGCCAAGGGAAACCAGGGUCUUCAAAUCAGCAAGGGAAGCCAGGAUCAUCCAGCCAGCAAGGGAAGCCAGGGUCUUCAAGUCAGCAAGGGAAACCAGGGUCUUCAAAUCAGCAAGGGAAACCAAAGUCUUUUUACCCUCAAGGAGAAAGAAAAAAUUCAGAAAAAACUUUGAAUGGCAAAACAAUGGAGAUCCAGACUGGCAGCACCAGUCGCAAGAAACUGAUUAGAAACAAAGGAUGUCAAGCUGCCUACAAACCGGUCUGCGGUUCUGAUGGAAAAAGCUAUGAUAAUGACUGUGUAUUUAAUCAAGCAAAGAGAAUUUACAUUGCUUCCAAGUCUGGAGAGCGGAGGGAAAAGACUGAUUUCCAUUUUGAUAGAAAACUGGAAGAUGCCACUAAAUUCUUAAAAUAUGGUGAUGCCGCCAUAGUUGACACCGUUUCUGUUAAGACCAUGUUGCUGAAGGCUGCUCUGCCAGUCCUUCUCUGA